AAAUUAACUAGGCACGAAACCAGGUACAAGUCACCAGGUGUUUGGCAACCCUGCUCAGUCGUGCAAAUAUCUAGCGAUAAUCCUGUGGUUGGCGGCUAUGAGAAAAAUGGCGAGGCUCAUUUUGUAGGCCGUGCACUACAUGAGGGCGACAAUAUACCUGGGAAGGUGGUGCCAUCUCACGGCAUAUGUUAUGUUUCCUAUUACUACAAAGAGCAUCAGCAUCAACACUAUCAGGUGCUAACCAACCCACACGGGGCUAACCUAAUAUGGGUUGAGGCAUCGGGUGGUCAGGUGGCUACCGGUGCCUUAUUAGGUGGUAAACAAGCGGAUGGUGAAAAGUUAUAUAUUGGUCGUGCUAUGCAUGAUGGGUGUAUGGUGGUGGGCAAAAUAAACCCGAGUCAUGGUAAUUAUUAA